AUGGAGCAUGUGGCCGUCAGCUUGGGCGAAGGCCCACUGAUCGUCGAUGCCAAUAUUUGGCCUCCCACAAGCGUUUCCUGCAAGGCUGUCGAGGAGAAGCUCAAGAGCUCCCUGAAUUCGCUGCCUGACAGCAUCCAAUCAUGGAUUGCUGCGGUACCGAGCAUAGAUGACCUGGCCGUGGGUGCAAUUAAAGUUUCUAAAAGCUCUCUGACCAUCAGCAUAAUUCGCGAUGAUGAAGAUGAGGAUGGAGUAAAUGUACCCGAGGAUGCAAAACACCUCUUGGAGCAUGAAGGCACCGAUAGCAGGGCAAGGUUCUCGGGCGACGGCGGCCUGGGCUUGCAGUGGCAGGAAUUGAGGCAAGUGCUCCUGCAGGAGAAGCAGAUGGUGAUGAAGCAAUGUCGUAUCCUUCAGGACUGUGUGGCAGAAGCUGAAGGAGAUGUGGCGACUCUGAGAGCUGAGCUUGAGUCUGCAAGAUCCCGCUCCGCUGGAGCUCUCGGAGCAGCGGGAAGCUGGGGACGCCUGCUGGCGAUGAUCGCCUGGAAUCAGCGGAUGCAAGAAACCGACUGGAUGGCCAGAAUGAGAACAGUUGUUGCUGGCGCUGCCCUCCAGUCUAUCAAGUUUGAUGCUGAAGCCAAAGACAUUGCAGCCGCAGCAUAUCGCACGUCCCAGCAGAUGUGGAGGUGGGGUCGACUGGCUGCCUUCCUCAAUCAGAGGAAGGUGCUUGACACCUACAAGUCUACACUCCUUGCCAGCGCCAGCUUUCGUAGAGCGCUCACUGGUUGGACUCGGCUGGUGGUUGUCAUAAGCAAGCAUCAGGGCGAGCGAGAAAGUUGGGUGGUGCAAGCCUGGGCUCGCCUUACAUCCAUGUUGGAGCUGGUGGAUGUCAGGAACACGAGAUGCGAUCACAAAUUUGACGAGAUCCUGAGAAAUUGGCCUCGCAUGGCCGAGCUGGCGUUGAGGUCGUUGAAAGGCAAGGGCAGAAGCAUUGCACGGGGAUGGAAUGUUGAGAAGCUGCAGGUCAGGACCCAGUGGGUGAGGCUUGCUUAUCGGCUGAAUGGUCUGCUAUUGCAGGAGCAGGUCCAUCAUGCAUCUCGCCUGACGCUCAAGCGGCAGACGCUGGCAAUGGCCACUCUAACUUCAGCAGAAGAGGCUGCCAAGCAGGUGGCCAAGGAUGCCUUGGAGAGCAAAGUUUUGAAACGAUGGAUCCUCCUCGCGCACGUGGUGAUGCAAGCUCAAAAUUCCAGAUCGGAGGAUGCGAUGGUCUCCGAUGUGACGAGUGUGCUGAGGGACCGUGAAGCACGGGCAUCCCGUGCUUUGAUCUCCAUGCAGGAAGAUAUGAAGCAGGCGGCAGAUAUGUCAAAGACUCGACAGGUCAUUGGCACAUGGGCUCGCCUUGCACAAUUGUUGUCCAAGGCCAAGCAGAUUGCAGCAGAAAAAGAGGUGGAGAACCAAGUGGCGCACAAAGCUCAGCAGGCAACCUGUGAGGCUCGUUCCUGGCAACUGUUGAAUCGCUGGAUGAUGUUUGCAUCUGGAGUCAGCUGGAGUUCAGACUACAAGGAUUUCAGCUCUGAGGUGGCUGAAACGCUGGGUUUCAUCAAGGAGGACUCGCGGAACAUGCGCAUGUCAAAGAUCAUGGACCUUCGAUGGGUUUCUUUGUGCACCAAGCUGUUGUCGGAAGAGAAGGCCAGCGACCGGAUGACGCAAGUGGGCCGCCUGUCUUUGGCCGCCCGCUCCAAGCACGUUGUUGCGUUAUCCCAGGCGGUGCAAGGGGCUUCUGCUUCAUCGGCUCUUAUCGGAAGCUGGGCCCGCCUCUUCCUUUCUUUGCAGCGGGUAGCCGCGGAGGCUGAGCAUUCCAUUGCCUUCGCCCAGUUUUGUGGAACUGCAGGCAGGAAGUUUCGAGAUCGUACUCAUGAGUUGACGGCCACCGGCGCACAGUGGGCGAUCAUCCCGAAAUGGGUGGGCUUGGUUUUCCGGCUUCUCGGGGAGUCUGACAUCAGCAAUCGCAUCUCGGGGACAGCCGGCAUGGCUUGCGCAGCUCGGACUCGGCUGAGCAACUUGCGGGAGGAGUGUGACGCACUGCUGGAGAAGGCCGCAGGCCAAAAGGCCGCAGAGCAGGAUUGGGCGCGAUUCUUGUUCCAGCUAGUUGACAUGAAAAUGCUGCCCAGCGCGUGGGCGUCUCAUCAUCGUGACACUGCAUCAUGGGUGGGGGCGCGCUGUGCCUCCAUACAGCGCGAGGCAGCCAGCUUGGCUGAAGCUGAGUUGCGGCAUCGCUUCCUGAAGGAAGUUUGGGCUCGGAUGGUCGUGCUCCAGCUUCACGCCAAAGGGGCCCAGGAGAGGCAAGCCAGCAUUCUACAGCACACUGCGGUCAUGUCUUCAGCGAAAAUGGAAGCCGAGGCAUUACGGGCGGAGCUGAAGGAAUGCAAGAGGCAGUUGGAAGCUGAGCGCCAGUUUUCCCGUGAGGAACGCUGGGGCCGGAUGGCUUUGGGUAUCUUGCGCGACCAGCAGUCCGCUGCUAGCGGCACAGCUUUGAAGAAUGUCACCAGCCGGGCAGCUUCUCAACGAAGGAUGUCAGAACUCCACUUUCAGCAGGUGGAAGUACAAAGACAAGAGGAGAUGGACAUGGUCACAGCAAAGGCAGCUGCUGAGGUUGCCACAGUUGGAGUUCAGGAGGCUGCUAUCCGACGGUGGCAGCUGCUCGUGCUCUUCACGUCUCAGCUGCAAUUCCGACUCUGUAAUCAGUAUGUGCUCAACGCUGUAGCCACUCAACAGCGAGCCGUGCAGCAGAUCGCACUGGAAAACUCAACCAUGAGGCCACACUUGGCUGGCUUGCAAGCCGAAGUGGCGCUGGCUUGGUGGGCACGAUUUGCCACGUACCUCUACUUGCAAGCAUCUGCACGUGGGACUCGACAAACAUUGUCUGCUCUGAUAACCGUGGCGCACACAACACGAGCAUCUCAAGCCUUGGCGCCUUGUGUCGAGCACUGGCGUCGCAUGUGCCAGCUCCUGAUGGGCAAAGCCAUGGACGGUUUCGCUGGAGUGCUGCGCCUGUUGUCUGACUCGCAGAAGCUGCACCGUGCAAAGCAUGAAGCUGCAAAUGCACGUCAGUUUGCCAAGAUGCAGGAAGCCAUGCAGAAACAUGCGGCACACGCCGUGUCAGCACACGAAAUGCUGCUCCAGGAAUCAAAGCGAACCCUUUCGCACGUGAGGCGUUUCAAAAAUCCAAUCUUGGCACCAGAUGGUUUGGAAGCUCAAUGUGAGCAUGCCUUGCAGAAGUGCAGAUACAUGUUGGAGCAAAGUUUGGUGGCCAUACCUCCCGGGGAAAAGCCCUAG